GGAGGUCUUAUCGCUGCAGACGUUGCACUUGCGCAAUCCUGCCCAACGGCUGGCCAUUUUCCGAACAGUGACCUGAACAAUAGAUUUGUCGGCCUAGUGGCCUUUGAUACUCCUUUUCUUGGACUUCACCCGCGCGUCAUUACGACGGCAGCCGGCAGGGUAUUUGGCCGGAAAACAAAAAAUGACAGUAGGCGGACAUCUCAGAGUACCACAGACAGCCGAAUAGCAAACGACGAUCCGACGUUCGACCCAAACUUGACCAACGAUGUUGACAGGACCCAAUGGAAAGGGUGGAAUGGAGCGCUCCAUUUUCUUGCAAAGCAUUCGGGUCAUUUGUCUCGGUCUGUCCUUCAGUAUGUCUUCUCAUACUAUGAUCAUGUCGGAUGUCUAAACGACUACUUUGGGCUUCUCAGACGACACAAGAGACUCUGCCGUUGGGCGAAGGGCGAUGAAUCUGGUCGACGGGCUGGCUUUGUCAACUAUUACACGACUGCCUGCCCACACAGCGAAACCACCAGCGGUGAUGAGCACGGGAACAGUAGGCUCUGGAGUGAUAAGCAGUCUACCUGCCACAAAACGUCGCAAAUACACGGCAAUCAUGUACAAGUCCGAGACUCUGCGUUAGUGGUGUCUGAUAUGCGAGCUGAUAUACGAGGAAAGGUGCCAGCCAACCGCUCGUCCGAAUCACUGUUAGACACAAAAGUUUCUUUCACCAGAAUUGAUACACGGACCUCAUCAAGCUCAAGCUCACGCAAUUCAGGCGAACACGGAGAUAGGCGCAACAAUUAUGAUACCAAAUUAAGGGGGCGACUGUUCUGCUAUGUUCCAGAAACAGCCCGCAAAAAGCAGCUCUGGGUUUCGCUACGUAUUGAAGGCAUGGAUGAAAUCGCCGCCCAUCAGUCCAUGUUUUUUCCUCUUGGCAUGCACUACGACCGAUUUGUUGCCGAUACUGUGGCAAGAAUUGAAAGUUGGCUGUUAUGAGUGUGUUUGCACAAUUUCCAGCGGAGUGUAUAUAGAGAGACACCCCCGGCGCUUAAAUCGGCUUUUGAUUGCCAGCCUUCGACUUUGACGACAUAUUUCUACAGAUACCUUCGGCUCUUUUACAAUGAUCUCUGAG